AUGGACCCUCUGUGCAUCUCUGGCAUCGAUCCAUCAAAAAACGAUCUUGCUGAAGCUGAACGAUAUGGAAUAGAAGAACGUGAUCGUUUGUUAAAAUUACGCAAAUUAGAUUUGCUUGUUGAUCUGGAUCAAACGCUGAUUCAUACGACAAAUGCUGACCAUUAUCCGUAUUCUCCAGUAAGAAUGGCAAUUGUAAACAUAGCAUGUUCAUUAUUUCCAUGUGGUGAUUCGUUAGUGUGCAUAAUUGAUGAUCGUGAAGAUGUAUGGAAUUAUGCAAAAAACCUUGUUCAUGUCAAACCGUACCUGUGGUUCAAAAAUGUUGGCGAUAUCAAUGAUAUUUCCUUACCACCACCACCAUCACCAGGCAAUCAACUCAUACCACCAAUUAGUGAACAAGAGUUUCAAAAGCAACUGGAAAACAGCCAACAAAUUCAGGAUGAACGAAAUGAAUUAGAAAAUAACACGAUACUUGAACAUUUGAAUAGAUCACAGUCAAUAAAUAACAUCGAACAAGGUCUACCACGUGGCGAGAAACGACGACUUGAUACUGACACUACUGACAACAACUAUGAAACUAGUAGUACAACAUCUAAUGAUGAUACUAAUAACAAAAGAUUAAAACAAAAUGAUGAACCCGCUGAGUCGAAUGAGCAAAUGACGGAUCACUACUCAGCGACAAUUGAAAAAACAUUAUCAGAUACUUCAGUCACAUCAAAGUUCGAAUUAUCACCGGAACAGCAACCACAACAAGAAACUAUUCAAUACAAUGAUUACAAUCUGAUUAUCCAAGAUGAAGAUACUUAUCUUAAUCAAUUAGAAAUCAUUCUAAAGCGUAUACAUGAAGCGUUUUAUAACGCCUACGAUAUAUGGUUGCAAACAAAACAACGUGAUUCAAUGCCUGAUCUGAAACAGAUUGUGCCAGAUAUUCGACGACAAGUAUUAAGCGACGCAUCAAUAUGUUUUAGUGGUAUAAUGCACGUGGAUCAUCCACUGGAAAAGCAUCGAGCCUAUAUUAUAGCCAAAGCAUUAGGCGCAAAUGUAACAAAAGAUUUAGCUUUGGAUGAUGGUUGUGGUGAUGAUGACACGGAAACAAGUAUGAAAACAACACAUUUAGUAGCUGGAAAAGAAACACAAAAGGUACAUCGUGCAAGAAAACAUAAUAUCCAUGUUGUUACACCCGAAUGGUUAAUCGAUUGUUAUGAACAAUGGGAAGCUAAAAAUGAAAUGAAUUAUCUGCUAGAUAAUAAAUAUGAUGUUAGAAAAUCACGGUUAUUUAUCGAUGAAGGGCCACGAGGAAUGAAACGUUUGAGAGGUGAUGGAGACAGACACCAUCAUCGUUAUGAUCAAAAACAAGAUAAAACAACUGUGUCAAAGAGUACGGCAGCAACAGAUAGCAGCAAUAGAGACAAAAAUACUCAGGAUAUCGCUGAAGCAUUGCAACAAAGUCAAACACCUCAGGGAGAAGAUUCUGGUACGACUUUAACUGCAACCAAUAAUGAAUCGAUAUCGAGUUCAACAGUUAUUAAAAAUAAUGAAGAAGAUGGCAAUAAAAACCACAGACGACGACGAAAUAAUGAACAUGAAUUUUUAUUUAGUAUGAGUAUGGAUGAACUAGAAGAAAUGGAAAAAGAAGUGGAUGAUUUUUGUAGUGAUACAAAUGAUGAUGAUGAUGAUGAUGAAGACAACGAACAAUCUAAACCAAAUGACCUUUCAAAAUACGAUCCGACAUUCGAAGAAGAAGAAAAUGAUGAUGAUUUGGAUGGAGAGGAUGCUGAACAAGAGGAAACUUUAAGAAAUUUAGUUUUAGGAACAAAUAGAAAAGCCGAAUACAAUGAUUCGGAUGAAGACAGUCUCGGUGGAGGUGAUGUUCCGAAAGGGUGGAAAAAAGAAGUAAACAACCAUACGUUAUGA